GGGCUGUGAAUGGAUGGUCGCUUGCGCUGCGCUCUCCUCCUUGCAGCCACCAAAUCACUUGGCGGUUUCAAUGGCUGCGUCUGCUCAAAAUGUUGAAGAAAUCAAAAAACGGCUUCAAAUAGCCGCUGAAAAUGAUGAUCAGACGUUGUGCGAAUCACUGCUCAACGAAGUUCGGCCGUUGGUGACGAGUCGAGAAAUUUUAGAGGAAACUCGAAUUGGAUUCGUCGUCAAUCAGCUUCGGAGGCAGUACUUCAAAAAGUGGCCAGCUCUUUUGAGGAUAAGUAGAGAAGUUAUCAAAUCGUGGUCCGAAAUCGUGUGCGAUGAGGUUAAAAGGCCGCAAAGUGGAGCUUCUUCUCGAAAUACAACACCGAAUGUUCUUUCUCCGAGUGUCGCCAGGCUCAUGCAGCGAGGAAUUACACCUAAUACACCAGCUGGAAGGCGGGUCACAUCUACUGGCCUUCCAGGUUCCCAACAGCGCCUUGUCUCGCCAGCGAACGGUUCAUAUGCUCCACGUAGUCAAGUUUCGCCUGGCGAGUCGACUCCUGUUGCUGCCUCCGUCGUUGUGAACGGAAUGCACAAGUCAGCGUCAGUUGGUGGAGAUCUUCUGAAACAUGCAACAGCAUCACUUUCUACAAAACCAAUCACACCAAAGGAGAAUGGAAAACGGAAAGCCGUCGAUGAAGCUGCUGCUCCCUCAAUCAAGAGAACCAAAACGGCUGCUGCUGCACUUUCAGUAUCAAUUACUCCUGGAACUCCAACAACAAUGGCUCCACAAACGCCUACCAUGUCUGUUUCUGCUGCUAGAAAAGCUGUUCAGAGCACUAGUGAGCUCUUCGCUCAAAUGAGCCAGACACUUCCUGGGCACAUUGACAUCGGUACAGACAUUCGGGAGCACGAGGAACGUGUGAAAAGAGAGCUCAAAGAUGAAGAGCUGGCACACAGUCUUCAAUCGUCUGCUAGCUACGGAAACUUCGGUUCAGCAACAACAACUGAACGGAAAAAGCGGAAAUACGAGCGAAAAAUUCAGAAGGGCACUGCACCGGGCACUCCAGCAGCAGUGGCAUCCCCCUUGUUGCAGACGACAACGAUGGUCACGCCUCCGUCUUCAAAUAAUAUUCCUGAAGAACGUCUUCCUUCGCUGGUCAUCCGCCUUGGUAAAAACGGUCUCACUUCAGCUGCUUCAACUCCAGCAUUUGUUUCAUCAGAAGAAUCCGCAAAAAGGAAAUAUGAGAAGAGCAUUCGUUCAAUACCACGUUCAACGACUCCUCCACCUACAGCUAGAAUGCAGGAAAAAGAACGAGAGAAAGAAGAGAUGAAACGUGAGAAAGAGCGACAAGAAGCUAUCAGAAGAAGAGAGCAAGAAGAAGAAGAGGAAGAAGAAAUAGUCGAUGAUAAGCCUAAACCUGUUCUAAGUAAGCUGAAAGACUGGAAAUCAUUGAUUCCAUCGAUGGAAGAGCUCCGAAUUCGUGCUCAACUCGCUGAAAAAGAAACUAAAAAAGUACUUGAAGUUUCUGCCGUUAAAACGAAAAAGGAUCCGACGAAAGUGCAGCUGGUGAAGAAUUUCCGAAGACCAAUUUUGAUUCUUCCAUAUCUGGAAAAUCCAACGGGACCGGACUUUUUAUUACACAAAUAUCCCAACAGUCUACAAUACUACUCGGAAGACAAUUUUAGGUUUGGAGAGAAACGUCCCACUGCGUAAUCUUUGUAUUCCUUCAAGUCCCCGUGUAGUAAUAACCUACCUCAUCCCUUACCACAUCUUUGCAGUUGUUAUAUCCUCUUUUGACUUCAUAUUUUUACUCAAAAUUUUUUAUCAAAAACUCAAAAAAAGUGAAAAUUGAAAAUCUUAAAAAAAGAUAUUAAUUCUCGGGUUACUUUUCUACCACUUUCCUUCCAAUCUUGUUGUUUUUCCCCUUUACAGAUGGUGUUCUAUUAAUAUGACAUGAUGUGCCCUGAAAAUCUUUCCAUUUCAACAUGUUUUCAUUUCAUUUUCUUUAAACACGAAUCCCAUCCCACAAAUCUCUGGUAUGUUCCUUUAAUAACUGGAAAAUUUCAAAAAAAAUUAUUUGGCCCGAAAAAGUCUCAUAAACGCUCAAAAAAUUCGGUGAUGAUCUCUCUUUGUUUUCCUCUUUCAAUUCAAUUUCUCGUGAAUUUUUCUUUUCUGUAUUGUAUUUUUUUUUGUUGUCUAGCGCCUAAUUUUACGUGGAGAGCAUAAGCUUGCCACAUUACCAAUACCAUUUUUCUUGUCUGUAAUUAUAUCAAUUUUGUGCUCACUUUUCCUUCUUUGUUCCUAAUUUUCUUGCUCAUUUCAUCCAGUUUUUUUCUUUUCUCUCUCUCUUUGUGUCCUUACUGGUCAUACUGAUGUUUUAUCAACACUUUCCCUUCCUAUUUUCUUCCUAGGUUCCACUGAUUACGGUACUUAUUAGGUUUUUCAAUUGCUUUCAGUAUGGCUACCGCAUUUCUUUUUUUUUCUUUUGUCCAUUGUCCUUUUUUGUCUUUUAUUACAUUUCUCGGCUCUUCUAAUAGUAUCUGCCGAACCUUGUUGAAGCCUGAUUAAUAAAAACGUGAUAAGAUU